AAGGGGGUUUUGUGCGGUGCUCUGGGGCCCGGCUCCGCGCCCUCUUUAUAGCGUCCUCUCCCUGCGCUCGCCCUCCCUCUAGCUCUCCCUCUUCCUCUUGCUCUGCAGUCCCCUCUGCAAUCUCCUUUCUGCUGCAGGACCAGCCCCCGGGGGCGCCAAAGUUUGCGGGCUCCGAGCCCCAAGCCUCAGCGCCUCCCUGACUCCGCUCGUCCUUCUCCUGAGAGCAGCCCUGGGCAUGGCACAGAUGCUCCUGCUGCUCCUGACUACCUUGGUCCAAGCCCUAACUUCCUCAUCUGUGACCUUCACAGGUGACAGCUCAGAGGAUCAAGCAUUUAAGGUGUCCAUUGAGGGUGACUCCCCACUUCGAGGGGUCCUUGGGGGCUCCAUUACUAUUCCCUGCCACAUCUCCUACCUUAGACCACCACCUCCAACUCCUCCCCCAGGCCGUAGAGCUGUCCUGGGCUCUCCCAGAGUUAAAUGGACUUUCUUGUCUGGGGGACGGGAGGCUGAGGUGCUGGUGGCCCGUGGGCUCAAGGUCAAGGUCAGUGAAGGCUACAGGUACCGGGUGGCUCUACCUGGAUAUCCAGCUUCAACCACUGAUGUCUCACUGGUGCUGAGUGAACUAAGAUCCAAUGAUUCAGGAUUGUAUCGUUGUGAAGUCCAGCAUGGGAUUGAUGAUGGCAGUGAUGCUAUUGAAGUCAAGGUUAAAGGGGUCGUCUUUUUGUAUCGAGAGGGUUCUGCUCGCUACGCUUUCUCAUUCUCCAGGGCAAAAGAGGCUUGUGCCCGGAUUGGGGCACGGAUUGCUAGCCCUGAGCAGCUCUAUGCCGCUUAUCUGGGGGGCUAUGAGCAGUGUGAUGCAGGAUGGCUAUCAGACCAGACUGUAAGGUACCCCAUUCAGACUCCUCGUGAGGCAUGUUAUGGAGACAUGGAUGGAUUCCCUGGAGUUCGUAACUAUGGCAUGGUUGAUCCAGAGGACCUUUAUGAUGUUUACUGUUAUGCUGAAGAUCUAAAUGGGGAGCUGUUUCUGGGCUCUACCCCAGACAAGCUGACCUUGGAAGAGGCACGGGCUUAUUGCUGGGAACGGGGAGCAGAGAUAGCCACAACAGGCCAGCUUUAUGCAGCUUGGGAUGAAGGCCUGGACAGGUGCAGCCCUGGGUGGCUAGCUGAUGGCAGCGUGCGCUACCCCAUCGUUACUCCCCGACAGCGCUGUGGGGGAGGCCUUCCUGGAGUCAAGACACUCUUCCUUUUCCCUAACCAGACUGGGUUUCCUAAUGCACAAAGCCGUUUCAAUGUCUACUGCUUCAGAGACCCUGCUCAAUCCUCUGCCUCCCCAAGGAAUCCCUAUCCAGCCUCAGAUGGGCUAGAGACCAUUGUCACAGUGACAGAGACCCUUCAGGAACUUCAACUACUUCAGGAGGCCACACAGAGUGAGUCUCGAGGAGCCAUCUACUCUGUCCCCAUUUCAGAGGACAGCAGGGGAAUCAGCUCCACCCCAGAAGAUCCUGAAGAGACCCCCAAGGCAUUUUUAGAAAGUGCUGAAUUGGAGAAAGGAAGAGAAAGUCAUAUUUACUCAUGUGCCAGUUGCCUUCUCAUCACCUCACCUCAAGUUCAAGAGGAUGGAAACCAAUCAGUCACCCCACCCAUGCGGUCUUCUGAGGAGGAGGAGCAGGAGGAAGAGGAGAAGGUAAUAGAGGAAGAGGAUGAGGAGGGGCAAGAGGAGGGAGAAAAGGAGGAGGAAGUGGAAGAUGAAGCUCCUUCUCCAGUAUUAAGUGAGAUCCGGGAAGUAGCCAUAGAGAAUGGCUCCCCCUCCACUGAGCCUCCCCAUGAGGAAGGGCUGUCAGAGGCUCCUCUGGUGGCCCAGGUGUCUGUGCAUGAUGGCGCCAUGCCCUCUCCUGGGGGGCAACCAGAGGGGCCUAAGCAUUCAAGAGGCAGGGGGCAAUCCAUCGAAACCCUGCCAACUCUUGGGGUUAUGCCUCAUGGAGAAGGGAGCCAAGCAUUCCCUCCACCCCCCACGCCUGUCAGCACUGAGGAAGAAGAUGAGGAAGAGGUUGGGGCACCGGAGCUGUCUGGAGGCACUCCUCCCUGGGUUCCUCAUGGAGAAAGCGAUGAAGUGGGAAGCUCUGAAGAGGCACCGGGUCUGUCUCCAGCAACUGGGACACUGCCAGGAGUGGAGGGGAAGGAGGGGACAGGGGACAGGGUGGCCCCCCCUGAAGAGGCUCUGGGAAGGACAGCACCUGUGGAGACCUCCGUCAGAGCCCAGCCAGCGCUACCUACUGAGAGCGCAGGCCUGGGAGCUGCGGGGGCUGCAGCCCCCUCACCAGGUGAUUGCGUUCCCAGUCCCUGUCACAAUGGGGGGACAUGCUACGAGGAGGGUGACCGUGUCCACUGCCUUUGUCUACCCGGCUAUGGGGGGAACUUGUGCGAGAUUGGACUCCGAUCCUGCAGCUCUGGGUGGGAUGCCUUCCAAGGUUCUUGCUACAAGCAUUUUCCAACUCGAAGGAGUUGGGAGGAGGCUGAAACUCAGUGCCGGCUUCAUGGAGCCCACUUAGCCAGCAUCAGCACACCUGAGGAGCAGAAUUUUAUCAACAAUCGAUACAGAGAAUACCAGUGGAUUGGGCUGAAUGACAGAACCAUUGAGGGAGAUUUCCUAUGGUCAGAUGGAGUUCCCUUGCUUUAUGAGAACUGGAACCCAGGACAGCCAGACAGCUACUUCCUAUCUGGAGAAAACUGUGUGGUUAUGGUUUGGCAUGACCAGGGACAGUGGAGUGAUGUUCCCUGCAACUACCACCUGUCCUACACCUGCAAGAUGGGGCUGGUGUCCUGUGGACCACCCCCAGAAAUGCCCUUGGCCCUGGUCUUUGGCCAGCCAAGGUCCCGCUAUGAAGUGGAUGUUGUGCUUCGCUAUCACUGCCGGGAAGGGCUGGCCCAGCGCAACUCUCCCCUGAUCCGGUGCCUCGAGGAUGGCCAGUGGGAGCACCCUCAGAUUUCCUGUGUGCCUAAACGACCUGCUCGUGCCCAGCUUCGGAGGACAGCGCUGAAAGAACGACAGGCAGCUAGGAGAGCUGGAGGCUGCCGGGCAGCAGGUGGACACUGCUGACCUCUGUACCAGGCCCUAGGACACCCAGACCCCACCUAUUCUCUUCCUCCCUCCCUUUCUCCUGUCGGGGCAGGGCCUCGAACAUGUGGCUCAGGGCAGGGACCCCCCAACUCAACACCUCCACCCUGAUAGGCAGCUCCUUGGUUGGUGCUUUUAUUAGUAUUCCCCCUUGGGGUCACAGGAUGUGACUUUGUAUCAAGGGUGGUCUUAGUGCAAGGAGUAACAUGAAUAGGGACCAGUAAGAAUUGACCAGAAAUCCUGGGGGACCAGAAGUGACCUCAUUGCCCCUGUUGGGCUCCUUAGGGAAAGGUGCCAAUGCUGGGACCUUCCUGCUCCCGCUGGAGUUAGACUUCCCUCAUUACAGUGGUCAGUCUCCAAGUGCCUCUGUCAACUGUCCCCCCUCCCAACCCUUCCUGGUCCUUCCUCACUCUGAAAGGACAAGACCCAGUGGGGAUGGACCCCUGGCAUGGGGAUGUUGGUCUAAGUGCCCUCAAGAGGAAACAGGCAAUAAAACUAUUUGACAUUGAAA